UGGAAACUUACCAACCACCGCCCGUCAACGUAAUCUACAAUAAUAAAAAAAAAACCUGACAUAACAAUCAUGGAGACAUAAAUAUUGUCACCCAAGAAAAACUAGCCCAUUAAAAAGAACCAAAUUAAAAUAUCUACCUGUCAAUUUCUCUAUUUGAAUCCAGACAGAAUGUCAGACACCCAGAACUUCAUAGCGGCGAUAAACGAGCUGAAUAUCGAGAAAUUAAAAUCUCUAAUAACUUCAACAUCAACUUCACUGUCAACAUGGCCAGAUAGUUUCUUCAUCCUCCACCAGGCGGUGAAGCUCAACCACAAGGAUAUAAUCGACUACCUGUUGUUCAACAACGCCCACGUAAACAAGGUAAAUAGCUACUGGUCGCAUUUAAUAACCAACAAAAGCACUCCUUUGCACGCGGCAGUAAAAAACAAGAACCUAGAGGUCGCCAGGCAGCUUCUGGACAAAGGAGCCAAUCCGGAUGCCCAAGAUAUCCUCGGUAAGACGCCAUUACGGUACGCGGUCGAGGCAAACGACCUCAAAAUAGCGGACCUGCUGCUACCUCGCUCGAAUGUCAACCUUCCUGACAACUACGACCAGACUCCAGUGUACAUUGCCGUCAAAAAGGGCUAUAUUGACCUGGCGGAGCGCCUCCUGGCGGAGAAAGCCACCGCGAACUGCAUCAGCAACUUCAGGUGCGAGAAACUUCACACUCCGCUGCAUGCUGCAGUAAAAAACGGACAGGUGGAGCUGGUAAACCUCCUAGUGGCCCACAAGGCCAAUGUAGAGGCCAGGAAUGCCAACAACAUGACUUGCCUACAUAUCGCAAUUGACAAAAACAACCUGGACAUUGCCGAAUGUUUACUGGCAGCUGGAGCUGAUGUCAAUGCAGUUUGCCGAGUUAACUGCCGUGAAAACUACUCGGCACUCUGCCUAGCGGCCAUCAACGGAAGCGAAGAUAUGAUCCAGCUCUUGCUGGAUUAUGGCGCUGACAUCAAUGCCAAGAAGUCCAGUAGUCUGGUUCCACUUCACGCUGCAGUUCGCAAAGAGCACCUGGAGAUUGUAGAAUGUCUUCUAACUCUGGGUGCUGACAUCCACAAGCGUGGAGUCGACAGAUGCACAAUUCUGCACACUGCGACCUGCAACAAGAACCUCCAGGUCGCAGAAUUUCUAAUCAGCAAAGGAGCUUCUGUUAACGGCCGUGAUGUGAACGGAGUGACUCCUCUUCACAUGGCAGUCUUGGAGAACAAUUUGGCUCUGGUGGAGUUCCUGCUGAACCAUGAUGCUGAUGUCAAUGCGAUGGGUAACCUCUUCUUCAAGGAGUGUACUCCCCUCCACCUGGCAGUCACUUACUGCGCCAAGGACAUGGUCCAGCUGUUGGUGUCCAGGGGAGCCAGGAUUGACGGACCAGGUGCUAAGACUCCUCUGAGGAUGGCCAUUGAUGGGAACCAUUUGUCGAUCGUUAAGUGUCUUGUAGAAAAUGGCGUAGAUGAGCGGUCGACUGCCAUCCACCUGGCGGUCGACCUGGACAGCAUUGAAGCUCUGAAGCUUUUGCUUAAAGCUGGAGUUUGUAUCAAUACUAAGGACGUUGCUGGUCGCACUCCUUGUCAUCUAGCGGCAAAAGUUGGAAAUUUGGGAAUUCUGCAGAUUAUUUUGGACUUUGGUGGAGAUGUUUCUGCUAGAGAUGUUGCUGGUAGGACGCCAUUGCAUUAUGCUGCUCAGUGGUGCCACCUUCAGGUGGUUCUCAUGCUUCUCAAGUAUGGCGCUAGUGUCAAUUGUCUGGAUAAUGAUAAGCAGACUCCUGUCUUAUCGGCGUUCAAUUCCAGUGGAGCGAAGGCAGUUUUUGGAGAGCAAGGAAUUGAAGAUGUUGAUUUGAUGGCAAUGAUUGCGCAGCAGCCUAAAGAUAUUGCGUUGAAGGUUCUCCAUGUUUUGAUAAAGCAAGUGGUGAUGCUGAAGAUGGCGCAGUUGUAUGUUUGCAAGGAGAAUUUAAACGCAGCACCGCGGAAGUUUGAAGAAGCUUUUGGAGAUGAGUGCAAGGAAGAAGUUGAUAAGAUGAAGAGGGAACGGGUGUUACGGAGAGUUUCUUGCUGGGAUUUGUUGAGGAUUUCGGAUAAUUGUUGCGCGAAAAUGGCCGACAAGGUUGACUUACUGGGAAUUGUCAAUGCGGGGGAGUACAAGGUUAAGUUUCCGAUUUACUACCCGAUGAUUGUCAACCAGGUGCUGAGAGCUGUCGAGAGGAACAAGUUGCUGAAGCGCUGCGAGGAUUUGUGCGAGUUCCUGGUGGAUAAUUUUAUGAUCCUGCCGUAUCAUUGCGUCGAGAGGAUUGUCAGGCACCUGGGGACUGAUGAUCUGAGGAUGCAUGUCAACACUGCCGAGUUGAAGGUUGGAGACUCUUGGGAUGAAAGGAAGGAGGAGUUUGAAAACCGAAGAAGAAGAAGGGAAAAUGUUAUAUUGUUUGGAGUUCCUGAAGGGAAUGAUGAAGAAGUUGUUCCGAGGAUUCUUCAAGGGUUGAAGCAAGUUGUCGCUGAUGUUAAGUGUGAAAGAAUUUCUGAGGCCGCUGGUCAGCCCAGGCCUCUUAGGAUUGUUGUGGGGGAAGACAAAGUUGAUGCUCUUCUGCUGGAACACAGUCGGCUGAGGAGGUUGAUGAUGUUACCGACUGUGCUGCAGGGAAUUGUUGUCACUAGGGAUCUUACGGUGAUGCAGAGGGAGCAAGGCAAGAAACGGGAGGUCAAAAGAAAGGCCAGGAAGUCUAGGUGACAGGAUUUUGAAAUUUUUUGAUGCUCUCUAGUAACAAUUUGGUUCAAUUGGACAAGUCUGGUUAAAAAAUCGUGAUGAAGUAUCUGGAUAUAGAUUUUUACAAUUCUUGGAUAAGAAACUUACGGCAGAUUAUUCUUCAAGGAUCGUCGAAGAAUCGCUCCAGACAUUUGACCAAAAUUCUUGGGCAAGACUGUGGCCAGAGUUCGUCCAGAAAAUGGCCAGAAAUGGUCAGGCUCCCCACUACCACUUUUUGAGACUCAGUUGUCAAGGCAGAGGUUCUCAUUCUUAUUUCAGUACAAUAACAAUGCGCAUUGUUAGUCUCUCUGAUAGCCAAGCUGGUCGCAACUUGUCAGCAAGUUUUGAAAAUUAACUCGGUUGGUAUCAACUGGUUCACCAAGUUGUCAGCAAAAACUGCUUUUGAAACUUUUUCACACCAAGCUGACGAAAAGUUUUUCAAGAAAUUUGUGGCGACAUAUUGCGGCAGUAGAUUGGUCUUCUUUUUCUCAGAAACUUGUAGCCAACUUAAUGCCAACAAUUACAAAUUCGGAACUUGACCGAAAGUUAUCGCUAAAUUGGUGGCAACUAUCUGACACCAACUUUGUUGGCCUGAAACUCUGGCUAUCAGUAUUCGUCUUUUUGGUUUCUCGCGCAAGUCUGGAUGAAACUUCUUUACCAACAAUCUGGACAAAUUCUGGCCACAGAUUUGUCACUAAACUUGACCUAUUGCUCUAAAUUCUGUUUUAAAAUCUUGUCCAAGUUUGUCACCAGUCUAGAUAAAUAAUCUUGGUUAACUGUCUGAUUCAAGAAUUGUCUGAUUCUGUUUCCAGGGCUUGGUCAACCAUCUGGCCAAAGAAUCUUGUCCAAAACUAAUCUUACUAGAGGCUAGGUAAUUUUUUUGUUAAUUUUUAUUUAUCAAAGUUUUAUGUUCAGGGAUUAUUUUUUUAAUUUAAUUAAGGAAUGUAUACAGUUUUGUGUAUGGAUAAAAUUAUUUAUUGUA